CGCGGAGCGACGGCCGGAGGCAGCGGCUUAGGCCCCGGCGGGGCGUUUGGUUUCGGUUUGGCCCUGACUGGAAUUAGCGUUGACGGUCGAAAUGGGAGUCCCCAAGUUUUACCGAUGGAUCUCGGAGCGGUAUCCCUGCCUCAGUGAAGUGGUGAAAGAGCAUCAGAUUCCUGAAUUUGAUAACUUGUACCUGGAUAUGAAUGGAAUCAUACAUCAAUGUUCCCAUCCCAAUGAUGAUGAUGUUCACUUCAGAAUUUCAGAUGAUAAAAUCUUUACUGAUAUUUUUCACUACUUGGAGGUGUUGUUUCGCAUUAUUAAACCUAGGAAAGUGUUCUUUAUGGCUGUUGAUGGUGUGGCUCCUCGAGCAAAAAUGAACCAGCAGCGGGGGAGGCGUUUUAGGUCAGCAAAGGAGGCAGAAGACAAAAUAAAAAAGGCAUUAGAAAAAGGAGAAACUCUUCCUACAGAGGCCAGAUUUGAUUCCAACUGUAUUACACCAGGGACUGAAUUCAUGGCCAGGUUACAUGAACAUCUGAAGUAUUUUGUAAAUAUGAAAAUUUCUACAGAUAAGUCGUGGCAAGGAGUUACCAUCUACUUCUCAGGCCAUGAGACUCCCGGAGAAGGAGAGCAUAAAAUCAUGGAAUUUAUCAGAUCGGAGAAAGCAAAGCCAGAUCAUGAUCCAAACACCAGACAUUGUCUGUAUGGUUUAGAUGCUGACUUGAUUAUGCUUGGAUUAACAAGUCACGAGGCACAUUUCUCUCUUUUAAGAGAAGAGGUUCGGUUUGGUGGCAAAAAGACACAAAGGGUAUGUGCACCAGAAGAAACCACAUUUCACCUCCUACACUUGUCUUUAAUGAGAGAGUAUAUUGACUAUGAGUUUUCAGUAUUAAAAGACAAGAUCACUUUUAAAUAUGAUAUUGAAAGGAUAAUAGAUGAUUGGAUUUUGAUGGGAUUUCUUGUUGGCAAUGAUUUUAUCCCUCAUCUACCUCAUUUACAUAUUAAUCAUGAUGCACUGCCUCUUCUUUAUGGAACAUAUAUUACCAUCCUGCCAGAACUUGGUGGUUAUAUUAAUGAAAGUGGGCAUCUCAACUUACCUAGAUUUGAGAAAUACCUUGUGAAACUAUCAGAUUUUGAUCGGGAACACUUCAGUGAAGUUUUUGUGGACCUAAAGUGGUUUGAAAGCAAAGUUGGUAACAAGUACCUCAAUGAAGCAGCAGGUGUUGCAGCAGAAGAAGCCAAGAACUACAAGGAAAAGAAAAAAUCAAAGGGCCAGGAAAAUGCCAUUUGUUGGGCUGCUUUAGACAAAAAUGGAGAAGAAGUGGUAACUUCUAAGGAUAAUUUAGAAGAUGAAACUGAAGAUGAUGACCUAUUUGAAACUGAGUUUAGACAAUAUAAAAGAACAUAUUACAUGACGAAGAUGGGAGUUGAUGUAGUGUCUGACGACUUUCUGGCUGAUCAAGCUGCAUGUUAUGUUCAGGCAAUACAGUGGAUUUUGCACUAUUACUAUCACGGAGUUCAGUCUUGGAGCUGGUAUUAUCCCUACCAUUAUGCACCUUUCCUAUCUGAUAUCCGUAACAUCAGUACACUCAAAAUCCAUUUUGAACUAGGAAAACCUUUUAAGCCAUUUGAACAGCUUCUUGCUGUACUUCCAGCAGCUAGCAAAAAUUUACUUCCUACAUGCUACCAGCACUUGAUGACCAGUGAAGACUCACCAAUUAUAGAAUAUUAUCCACCUGAUUUUAAAACUGACCUAAAUGGGAAACAACAGGAAUGGGAAGCUGUGGUACUAAUACCUUUUAUUGAUGAGAAGCGGUUGUUGGAAGCCAUGGAAACAUGUAACCACUCCCUCAAAAAGGAAGAAAGGAAAAGAAACCAACAUAGUGAGUGCCUAAUGUGCUGGUAUGAUAGAGACACAGAGUUCAGCUACCCCUCACCAUGGCCAGAAAAGUUCCCUGCCAUAGAACGUUGUUGCACAAGGUAUAAAAUAAUAUCAUUAGAUGCUUGGCGUGUAGACAUAAGCAAGAACAAAAUAACCAGGGUUGACCAGAAGGCACUGUAUUUCUGUGGAUUUCCUACCCUGAAACACAUCAAACACAAAUUUUUUUUGAAGAAAAGUGGGGUUCAAGUAUUCCAGCAAAGCAGUCGUGGAGAAAACAUGAUGUUAGAAAUCUUAGUGAAUGCAGAAUCAGUUGAACUUAGUGUAGAAAAUAUAGCUUCAUCAGUGCUUGGAAAGUCUGUCUUUGUUAAUUGGCCUCAUCUUGAAGAAGCUAGAGUUGUUGGUAUAUCAGAUGGAGAAACUAAAUUUUACUUGGAAGAACCUCCAGGAACACAGAAGCUUUAUUUGGGAAGAACUGCCCCACCAUCUAAAGUGGUCCAUCUUGGAGACAAAGAACAAUCUAACUGGACAAAAGAAGUACAAGGAAUUUCAGAAUACUACCUAAGAAGAAAAGGAAUAAUAAUAAAUGAAACAUCUGCAGUUGUAUAUGCUCAGUUACUCACAGGUCGUAAAUACCAAAUAAAUCAAAAUGGUGAAGUUCGUCUAGAGAAACAAUGGUCAAAACAAGUUCUUCCUUUUGUUUAUCAAACUAUUGUAAAGGACAUCCGAGCUUUUGACUCCCGUUUCUCCAAUAUCAAAACAUUGGAUGACUUGUUUCCUCCUAGAAGUAUGGUCUUUAUGCUGGGAACCCCCUAUUAUGGCUGCGCUGGAGAAGUUCAAGAUUCAGGGGAUGUGAUUACAGAAGGUAGGAUUCGUGUGGUUUUCAGCAUUCCAUGUGAACCCAAUCUUGAUGCUUUAAUACAGAACCAGCAUAAAUAUUCUAUAAAGUACAACCCAGGAUAUGUGUUGGCCAGUCGUCUUGGAGUGAGUGGAUACCUUGUUUCAAGGUUUACAGGAAGUAUUUUUAUUGGAAGAGGAUCUAGGAGAAACCCUCAUGGAGACCAUAAAGCAAAUGUGGGUUUGAAUCUCAAAUUCAACAAAAAAAAUGAGGAGGUACCUGGAUAUACCAAGAAAGUUGGAAGUGAGUGGAUGUAUUCAUCUGCAGCGGAACAGCUUCUUGCAGAGUACUUAGAGAGAGCUCCAGAACUAUUUAGUUAUAUAGCCAAAAAUAGCCAAGAGGAUGUAUUCUAUGAAGAUGACAUUUGGCCUGGAGAAAAUGAGAAUGGUGCUGAGAAAGUUCAAGAAAUUAUUACUUGGCUAAAGGGACAUCCUGUCAGUACUUUGUCUCGUUCUUCUUGUGAUUUACAAAUUCUGGAUGCAGCUAUUGUUGAGAAAAUUGAGGAAGAAGUCGAAAAGUGCAAGCAAAGAAAGAAUAAUAAGAAGGUACGAGUGACAGUGAAGCCCCAUUUGCUGUACAGACCUUUAGAACAGCAACAUGGAGUCAUUCCUGAUCGAGAUGCAGAAUUUCAUCUCUUUGACCGUGUGGUAAAUGUGAGAGAGAACUUUUCAGUUCCAGUUGGCCUUCGGGGCACCAUCAUAGGAAUUAAAGGGGCCAAUAGAGAAGCUGAUAUACUAUUUGAAGUAUUAUUUGAUGAAGAAUUUCCUGGAGGCUUAACAAUAAGGUGCUCACCUGGUAGAGGUUAUCGACUGCCAACAAGUGCCUUGGUGAAUCUUACUCAUGGGAGUCGCUCUGAAACCGGAAAUCAGAAGUUGACAGCCAUUGUGAAACCACAACCAGCUGUGAAUCACUAUAGCUCAAAUUCAUCAAUUUCAUCUGGGCAUUUGGGAGGCCUGAACCAUUCCCCUCAAUCACUUUUUGUUCCUACUCAAGUACCUACUAAAGAUGAUGAUGAAUUUUGCAACAUUUGGCAGUCCUUACAGGGAUCUGGAAAGGUUCAACACUUUCAGCCAACUCUACAAGACAAAGUUGCAGUUCUACCUCAAGAAGUAAGUCAAGUAACUCAACAUCAUAAAUCUGGCUUUACUGACAACAGUGUUAAAUGUCAGCAAAGAAAACAUGAGCCUCACAGAAAAUUUAAAGAAGAGUGUAAGAGUCCUAAAACUGAGAGUCGGUUACAAAAAAUGUCAAAUAAGCAGCCUAACCCUGGAAUUGAGAACUUUUUAGCAUCCUUGAAUAUCUCCAAAGAAAAUGAAAUACAGUCAUCUCAUCAUGAAGAGCCUCCAAGUGAAGAACUUUUGUCACCACAAUCAUUUGCUAUGGGAACUCGGAUGCUUAAAGAAAUACUAAAAAUUGAUGGCUCUGAUGCUGUGGACCAUAAAAAUGAAAUGAAGCAGUUUGGUAACGAAGUCACUGUUUCCUCUAAUAGAAGAGAUGAAUAUGGACCUUCCUCCCAGGCUAAACAAAAUAAGAAAUUAACAUCUUAUAUGAAUAAGCCUCACAGUGCUAGCGAAUACCAUAAUGUUCAGCCUAUGGACCAUGUGUGUUGGCCUGCUCCCAGCCAUAUCCCUCCUGUGUCCACACCAGUAACUGAACUUUCUCGAAUUUGUUCCCUUGUUGGAAUGCUACAACCAGAUUUCUCCUUUCUUAGAACACCACAGACAAUGACAGUUUGCCAGGUAAAAUUAUCUAAUGGCUUACUGGUACAUGGGCCACAGUGCCAUUCUGAAAAUGAAGCCAAGGAAAAAGCCGCACUUUUUGCUUUACAACAAUUGGGCUCCUUAGGAGUGAAUUUCCCUUUGCCUCCACCAAUAUUUCCAAAUUAUCCUCCUGCUGUACCACCCGGAACCAUUCCUCCAGUUUUUUCUCAACCUACUGGCUGGGAUCACUAUGGAAGCAACUUAGCAUUGGGGGCAGCUAAUAUAAUGCCUUCAUCAUCUCAUCUCUUUGGCUCCAUGCCAUGGGGACCACCAGUGCCAGUUCCUGGGAAGCCAUUUCAUCAUACUUCAUACUCUGGGACCAUGCCCAUGGCUGGGGGAUUGCCAGGUGGUGUGCACAAUCAGUUCAUACCUCUACAGGUUACUAAAAAAAGGGUUGCAAAUAAAAAGAACUUUGAGAGUAAGGAGGCCCAGAGUUCUCAAGCUACCCCGCUUCAGACUAGCCAGCCAGGGUCUUCCAAUGUCACCAAAGUGAUUCCACAGGAGAGUUCAUCAGCCUCCUUAAAGUCCUCUCAGAUUACUCAACCUGCAUCUUCUUUUCAAGCUGAAGCUGCCUCCCAAGGCCAUAGUAUGUCUCAUCACAAGUCCACACCAAGCUCAUCUUCAAGAAGAAAAUCAAGAAAACUGGCUGUCAAUUUUGGCGUUUCUAAACCUUCUGAAUAAAUAUGGUACUCGGAAUUAAAUUAAUUUCUUUCCUUUCCACCCACGUUUUUAGAAAUCCAUAUCUGUGUCUCAUAAAAAAUUAGAAUGUGCUAUUUUAAAAUAAUAUGUUUUGAUUAAAAAUUUUCUUUUCAAUUAAAAUUUUUAAUUGGUUGUCAGGCACUUUUCAUGCUAUAUCAAAUUGUGCAUCUUAAACAUGUGCAGUUUUACAUCAGUUAUACCUCAGUAAAGCUGUAAAAAAGAAAAACUAAAUUAAACCUUGUGUUAAAAUAGUAUCAGUGGACUAAGCAUUAAAAUGUACCACUCUAACUCUUGGCCUCUCAUCAAUAGAAGUAUCCUGAACUAUGAAUUAGACAUCAUAGUGCAAUAAUAAUAAAAAAAAUUGUUAUGCUAUUGAGGGAUAAUUAAAUGGAGCAUGAAAAUUGGGCCUCAAGUGUAAUCUCCUGAGUGGAUUUUAUUUCUCUUUUUAAUGUGACAGGUUUGUCAGGAGAAUGGCUCUUAAAGUAUUUUAACUUAUAUUUUGUUUUCUCUGAGGGUCCUUUAGACCUGCUGUGAAAUGAUCACACUUGUUGUGGUGCUGCCAGUUUUGCUUUAUUCUAAAUUUUGUACCAAAGCAACUUUAGAAUACUGAUCAGAGUAUUUCAUUUAACUGCUUAGAACUAUAAAUAGCAAUCUAGAUUUGAGCAAGUAAUUACAAUUUUUUAGAUUAUUCAAGAACCAGCAUUAGAAAUUUCUAAUAAAAUUAAGUUUCAAAAUCUACAGGGUACAAGGACUACAAAUUAAUCUUCUAAUAGAAUAAAGUAAAAUAUAUUAAUCAUGUUAGUUGAAAUAAAUUGUGUUAUUCUUUUGUAUAGCUUUUUACCCGCUUAAACAUAUAUGAGAGCUUCUUUGUUGGUCCAUGUGUAGUGCUUCUUGAGACUGAUGAAAUUCUAAUUUUUUAAAAAAAUUCUGAGGUGUGCUAAAUACAGGCACAAUCAGUUUGUGAUGUACUUUAUUUACAUGACAAACGCCUGUCUCAUUCUGUUUCCAUAUUUUUAGCUUUAUGCUGAACUGUUCAGUGACUCUGGCAUUUUGUCUUUGCAUGUCAUGUAUGGGUGUGUAUUGUUCAAGCUGUGGCUGUUGAAAUUAUUUUAGAAUUUAUGAAAAUUUCUCAGUGGUACCAGGGCCUGAGUUUUUACAUGUAUACACACACACACACACACACACACACACAUUUAUCCUUUAGUUUUUGUGAUAUGCUUAUAUUUUUAAGGAACUAAGUUAUCAUACUUUUUUGAAAAGUAGGAACCAUAAUGUUUAUAUGGAGCUGCUUAUUAUUAUAUCCAGUUUCAUUUAACUCAUUAAAAACCCUGCCAUGAGUCUUAGUCUAUUUGUUUUUUUUAAA